ACUUGUACCUAUGGAGAGGUGGGGGCCUGCGCCCAGCUAGUGGGCUCAGGGCCGAGGGAAGGUGGGAGGGGGCUACUGCCAGCACACGCAGCGGCCAGGCCUUCUCCAACCCCGUGCCAGGGCCAGAAAGGUCUCCCCAUGGGCUUCAUUCCAAGUGCAUAGGUGCGGGGUGUCGGCUGCAGUGCCGCUCCAGCCUGCAGCCCCUGCUUGGGGGAAACGUCCCCGGUUCAGAAGCAUCAGAGCCCCACGCUGGGCCUCGGAAAUUGCUCCUCGUCCUCCUGGAGUCUGACAUGGAAGGAGAGAUUGCUCGUUGUGCCCCUUUUAGUAAAAUAGCCAUUGUCUGUCCCUCAGAAAUGGAAGCAGCUGUCGAGGUUACAGCGGACGGUGGGCCUCUUCCUUCUGGUGGUCCUGAUGCUCUUUGGCCUCCGGUUCUAUGUCCACGUGGACGAUGAGUGGACAGCUGUGGACAGCAGGUCGGCGGCAGCAUGGCAGGUGAGACCAGCAAAUCCUCCCGUCUUGCCAGCUCCUCGGAAAGCAGCUGAGAACCCAGAGACCGUGGCGGGGCUGUCACCUCAGAAGCCCCAAAGGCAUUUCCGACGAGGACCCCCCAACCUGCAGAUGAGAGCGCCCGAUGGAGACGCCCAGGAGAGGAGGCAGGCCCAGGCCCAGAGGAGGGCAGAGGUGGUGGGAGAGGCUGGCUGGGGAUCGGAGGCACAGAGAGACGGCCUCAGCUGGAGGGGAGCAGGGACCAAGGCGGAGCAGGGUGCCAGACUCCCUCCCAAGAAGGCAGAGGUCCCCCGCUGGCCUUUUCAGCAGCAGGCCCUGACGACUCAGGCCAGUCAAGCCUCCCAGAACGAGCGCCAGAAGGCCGUGGUGGAUGCCUUCCUCCACGCGUGGGCUGGAUACCGCAAGUUCGCCUGGGGCCACGACGAGCUGAAGCCCCUGACCAGGUCCUUCAGCGAGUGGUUCGGCCUCGGCCUCACGCUGAUCGACGCCCUGGACACCAUGUGGAUUCUGGGGCUAAAGAAAGAAUUUCAAGAAGCCAGGAAGUGGGUGUCCAGGAGGUUAUUGUUUCAGAAAGAUGUGGACGUCAACCUGUUUGAGAGCACAAUCCGGAUCCUGGGGGGGCUGCUGAGUGCAUUCCACCUGUCUGGGGACGUCCUCUUCCUGACGAAGGCUGAGGAUUUUGGAAAUCGGUUAAUGCCUGCCUUCCGAACACCCUCUAAGAUUCCGUACUCCUUUGUAAACAUCGGCACCGGAGUUGCUCACCCACCCGGAUGGACCUCUGAUAGCACGGUGGCUGAGGUGACGAGCAUUCAGCUGGAGUUCCGAGAGCUCUCUCGUCUCACGGGGGAUAAGAAAUUUAAGGAGGCCGCAGAGGAGGUGACGAGGCGCGUGCACGCCCUGCGCGGGAAGCUGGACGGGCUGGUGCCCAUGUUCAUCAACACCAACAGCGGCAGCUUCACCCACCUGGGCGUGUUCACCCUGGGCGCCAGGGCCGACAGCUACUACGAGUACCUGCUGAAGCAGUGGAUCCAGGGCGGGAAGAAGGAGAGACCGGCCACGGCGCACGGCUCCUCGCUGGGCAGCAGGGUCUUCCUUGGAGUUGUGGCUGCUUGGUCACUGGCUUCAGCGGGAGGCAGCCGGGGAGAUAUGGCCGACAGACACAACCUGCUGCGGCCCGAGACCGUGGAGAGCCUGUUCUACCUGUACCGCCUCACGGGCGACCGCAAGUACCAGGACUGGGGCUGGGAGAUCCUGCAUAGCUUCAACACCUACACGCGGGUCCCCUCGGGCGGCUAUUCUUCCAUCAGCAACGUCCAGGACCCCCGCCACCCCCAGCCCAGGGAUAAGAUGGAGAGCUUCUUUCUGGGGGAGACGCUCAAAUACCUGUAUCUGCUCUUCUCCGACGACCCCGACCUGCUGAGCCUGGACACCUACGUGUUCAACACAGAGGCUCACCCCCUGCCCAUCUGGGCCCCCUCCUAGGGCGGGACGGCUCUCGAGUAGGCGCUGCCCAGGAGGCUGACGUGUGCUGUCCGCAAGGAUGCCUGUCGGCAAGACCCGGGCCCUGACCUUGGCUGCUUGGUGUCCCCCCAGCUGGCGGCACGUGGUCCGGGCCUGGCUGGUGACAGAGGCCAGCGGGCCAUAGGGCCGGGAUGUUUCGGGGCCUCGUAGCUGCUCGGGGUGGCCACUGGGCAUCCGGUGCUCUGCCGCUGGUUCUGUGCUCCUCGCCUGGUUCCUGUUGGAUCACCGUUUGGAACACGUUGGAAUAAAUGGGCGGUGUGAUUCUGGGGAUCCUGUCCA